AUGAUAGUAACUAUGAAAUUCCCUAGGAUGAACAAGGAGUUAUUAAAAAAGUUUAUUGACAUACGACCAGUGAUGAAUGCGUUGAAUAGAAGAUAUAGUCAGAAUCACGAGGAGUUCUUUAAGAUGUACAGUGAGGAUUGUGUUAUUAAUGGAUACGGUGGACCGUUAACUGCGGACGAUUAUACUAGGUUUUUCAGCAAGAGGUCAAUGAGGAGGGAGCCAGCUUUAACUAGAGAAAUGACAAAUUUAUCUUACAAAGUGGGUAAACAUGUGAUCUCGUUAGCUGAGGGUAUGCCAAAUGAGGGUGUGUUCCCAAUAUCCAAGGUGGACAUAGAAGUUAAAGGGACUGGGCGGCUGCUCUUAGAAGGGAGUGAUCUGUCAGCAGCUUUGCAGUAUAUACCUUCGCAAGGCUUACCACCCCUCUUGUCGGAACUGCGUCAGUUCCAAAAUGAUGUGCACCGUCCACCUGCUGUGCCGCGUGACGUGAUCGUCACCAACGGUGGACAGCACGGUAUAUACCAGUGCAUGGACUUACUGAUGGAAGAAGGCGAUCCGGUCGUACUCAACGAGUAUACGUACACAGGCGCACAUGUUGCGCUCAAGCCGUACAAUCCAGAGAUCAUCAGCAUCCCAGAAGACCAAUACGGAAUGAUACCGGAAACUUUAGAGUCCAUACUCUCUGCACGUCUCUCGCGUGGAUUAAAGAUGCCCAAGUUACUUUACAUCAUCCCGACUGGCAGCAAUCCCACGGGUACUGUUGUCCCUGAAGAGAGAAGGAGAAAGAUAUACGAGUUGGCGUGCAGAUUCGAUUUCCUCAUUAUCGAAGACGAUCCCUACGUUUUCUGUAAUUAUAGCGAGAAAAGAGUUCCCACAUUUUUAUCCCUGGAUACGUGUGGCAGAGUGAUCCGCUUAGAUUCUCUAUCGAAAGUUGUGAGUGCGGGGUUACGUGCAGGGUGGGUGACCGCGCCGACUCCUGUCCUGCAGAAACUUGAACUGCACAUGCAAAGUGAAUUGCUUCACAGUUGCACGUUGUCACAGGUAAUAUUGCAUCAUUUAAUAAGCAACCGGGAGGCGCUAGCGUCGCAUCUCAAAGCAGCGCGCGACCUCUAUCGACAGCGACGUGAUGCUUUGAGUGACGCGUUGCAAGGAUUGACUGGCCUCGCUGACUGGACUUUGCCCGAUGCAGGCUUGUUUUUCUGGCUCAAAGUGAGAGGUGUCGAAGACGUUCACAAUAUGGUAUUCCGUACUGCACUCAAACGUGGAUUGAUGGUUGUACCGGGACAAGCUUUCUCUUACUACACUAAUGCUCCCUGUCAAUAUAUAAGACUGACUUUUAGUAGAAUUCGCUACGAGAACAUGAACACCGCAACACGCCACCUAGCAGAUAUUAUAAAAGAAGAACAACAGUUAUAUUUACAAAAGCUACCACAAAGAUUGGCUACUGAACGCUAG